UUUAAAAACGCUCAUUCAUCAAAAAGAUGAGUGAAAAGCACUUUAUUUUGCCAUCUAGCAUGCUAAUGAUAGUUUCGGCUGUCUUCGGAGGUAUCGGAAUCAUCACUACAAUCGUGUUCGUGAUUCUGACAGUUCUUCAUUCAAAAAGUGCGGUUUGUAAACCUGCAGGCAAAGAAGACAUGAAAAAACUGAACGGUAUCGAAGGAAUGCAAACGAUCAAAGAAGAAUGUGGAGGAUCAACUGAAACAUCCUCGUCGAAACCGAAGAAAAAAGCCAAGAAAGAAGUCUGAUUUUUUUUUUUUGAAUAAAUUUUAAAUUUC